AUGGAAGUAAUAAAAAAACAAGUAGUAGACAACGUCGAGAAACACAAUAAAGACACAUGGAUACUUGACAACGUUACGGAAAUUUUUAUCGAGAGAACUAUGCUUGUGCAGUAUAAUGAAGCUAUUGAAAGAGAAAUCAAAAGUUUCCUAAAAGAGAAUAACUAUAUAGAAGAAAAAUUAUUUAAAAUCGCUACUCAACGACAAGCUGAUAGUAAAUACUGGACAUUAUUGGCUUUUUUAAACUCACAAGGACUUGGAGCACCCAUUGAUGAUAAGAACUCAUUCUACUGGUACUGCAAGGCCGCCGUAGAACUCCACGAUCCAAUAGGUCUCCAAAAAACCGCGACUUCAUAUUACUUCGGCAUUGGCGUAGAACAAAAUUCAGUGACGGCCAAUUCUUGGUACAAAAAAGCCGCCGAAGCGAACAUGAUCGAUGCACAAUUCAGACUAGCGAGAAACUAUUUUCAUGGGGAUGGUAUAGAGGUGGAUCAUGUCAAAGGUCUUUAUUGGUUCGAGAAAUCGGCUAGUUUGGGUUCGGUCGAUGCAAUGAAUCUACUCGCGAGAUUCUACCUUGGUCAACUGAUCUAUAGCAAGAAAGAUCUUCGUCGCGGUUUCAUCUGGAGUGAAAGGUUGUUUCAUUUGCAUUGGAAUGCUUCGAGAACAGGAUUUGUCAAUUUGACGAAUUGUUUUCAAAGAGGAUGGGGUACUUGUGUGGAUAUGCAUAAAGCGAUUUUUGUGUUUGUUUAUAUGUUAAGAAAUGGACGUACUUUUAAUAAAAGGAGACUUGCGAAUUGUUUUAGAGUAUAUACGUAA